GUUUUUUUUUAUAAAUAGAGUUGCUUGCACCACAAAUUCUUUUCCUUUCCUUCUUCCUCUUCCCCAAUAAUCUCUUGCUCUUUCCUCAAAAAUCUCUUCUUUGCUGGUAUAGAAAUCGAAAUCAGAAGCUUUUUUCAUUUCCUUUUUUUUUUUUUUUUUAAAUUUCAUCUUCUCCCCGAAAAACUUGGAGUGUGGUCGUUUCACGAAGCAAGAGAGCCGUUGACUUGGACUUUUUCUUUUGGGGGUGUUGUGUGGGAUUAUAGUAAUGGUCUUGUGAGGAGGAAGAGAUGUUGGAUUUGAAGAGGGCUUCACUCAUCUUUUACCACAAGUAUGUCAACUGGAUUAAGCUUAAGUAGUUAUGGUUUUUACCAUGUUCAUGUGGGGAUUCCUCUUCCUCUCUGUUUACUUCAUUCCGAGAUGACUUAAAAGAGUUUUUUCAAGUCUAGUUAUUGGGAUUAAGCUUAUCUAGUCAUUACUUUAUACAAACAGCCCUUACUUUAUUUGCUGACUGAUCAAACAGUUUCCAUUAGUAUAAAUCUUUACUGCUUCCCUCAUUUGUGCUUUUCACCUUUAAAGACUCGACUUUUCCUCUCUGCUACCGUGUUUGGGUAUGGAUGAGUUUGAAUCCAAGCUUCCUGUUUCCGGGGUAAAAAACCAUGUCUUUGAGGCAUGUCACCAUGUUGUAAAGGCACUGAGGGCGUCUGAUAACAACCUCGACGCCAACUUGAGAAAGCUACUAAGUGACCUAGAGUCGCAUUUGUCAACAUUUGGGAUUGCUGAUACCAAAGUUGAAGAUACAGGAUUCUCUGAGAUCGAGGUGAGAUUCAAAGAAUCUGUGAAGACAAUCCUCAGUUGGGAAACAAACCACUCAACCAUUUUGGAGUCUGGUCCGUCUGAAGCUGAUCACUUUUUUCAAGCCUUGUAUGAAGUUCAAACAGUUGUUAUGGGUUUCAAAGCUUUGCCCAUGAAAACUAACCAGAAGGAGAAAGAUGUUUACAACCAAGCUACGGUUGCUCUUGACAUCGCGAUGUUGAGGCUUGAGAAAGAGCUCUAUGAUGUUCUGCAUCAGCACAAGCAGUGUGUACAGCCUGAAUACUUGGCUGUUAGUUCUCGUAGAAAGGAUAUUGUGUAUGACGAGUCCUUUGUCUCCCUAGAUGAUGUUGAAGUUGUUGUCGAAGCUUCUUCACACGAAGAUGAUGAACAGAUAUCAGAAUUCUGUAAUUCUGAUUUAAUUGAUCCCAGCGUCCUUCCUCACAUCAAAGCUAUUGCAAAUACCAUGUUUGCUUGUGAGUAUGAUCAAGCAUUCUGUGAAGCUUUCAUCAGCGUUCAAAGAGAAGCUCUGGAUGAGUAUAUGGUCACUCUCGAUAUGGAAAGAUUCAGCUGCGUCGAUGUUCUUACAAUGGAAUGGAAUGAUUUGAAAUUGAAUGGUGCGAUGAGAGAAUGGACAAGGGUUGUUAAAAACAUUUCUCAUGUCUAUCUCCCUAGUGAAAAGCAGCUCUGUGAACAGAUCUUGGGAGACUUUGAGUCAGUUUCUUCCGCGUGCUUCAUCGAAAUCUCAAAAGAUACAGUUCUAUCUCUCCUCAACUUUGGUGAAGCUGUAGCACUGCGACCUUGCCAGCCAGAAAUGCUUGAGCGCUUCCUUAGUAUGUAUGAGGUUUCAGCAGAGAUUCUCUUGGAUGUUGAUAACCUCUUCCUGGAUGAAUCAGGCUCGUUUCUAAGGAUGGCAUUCCACGAGCUAUCAAAACACCUAGCUGAUCAUACAACCGCAACCUUCUUAAAGUUCAAAAACGCAAUAGCCUUAAAUGAAUCUGCACACCCCUUUCCUGGAGGCGGUGUUCAUCACUUGACCAGGUAUGUAAUGAACUACCUGAAGCUUCUCCCGCAGUACGCAGAUACCAUAAACUCACUUCUUGAGAACAUAAAUGUUGACGACUCAAUCCCCGAGAAAACAGGACAAGACGUCCUCCCUUUGACAUUCUCUCCAAUGGCUAGGCACCUUCGGUCAAUCGUCACAACUCUGGAAUCCAACCUCGAGCGAAAAGCUCAGCUUUAUGCAGACGAAUCACUCAAAUCUAUUUUUCUGAUGAACAACUUCCGUUACAUAGUCCAGAAAGUAAAGGGAUCAGAGCUGAGACACUUGUUUGGAGAUGAAUGGAUCAGGAAGCACAUUGCAAGGUAUCAACGCGAUGUCACAAAUUACGAGAGAUCCACAUGGAGCUCUAUACUCGCUUUGCUCACAGACAACAACAACAAUUCUGUAAAAACACUGAGAGACAGAUGCAGACUCUUCAGUCUUGCCUUUGAUGAUGUUUACAAGAAGCAAACCCGUUGGUUAGUCCCUGAUCCAGAACUUCGCGAUGAUCUUCACAUCUCGACCUCUGUCAAGGUUGUUCAGUCUUACAGGGGAUUUCUUGGAAGAAAUGCAACUCGUAUAGGCGAAAAACAUAUCCGAUACACUUGUGAAGACAUUGAAAAUUUGCUCCUUGAUCUAUUUGAGUGUUUGCCAUCUUCAAGAUCAUUGCGCAGUUCUCGUAGGAGAUGAUGAUUAUGACUCGAGCCUCAUGGACUCUUAUCUUUGUUCUUUUGAUCUUUUGUUAUUUACUUACGCAUGCAGUGAUUUGUGAUUUUAACAUGUAAAUAAGGUAGUAUAAUUUUUAUACUCCAUUGUGGGGAUGUACUUGAUUUGCAUAAUUUAA